AUGUCGUACCUACGUUUUGUAGUAAGCGUUCUUGCAAUGAACUAUAUAUUUUUAUGUGCCGGACAAAAUUUAUUAGAGAGAAGACGUGAAGUAAGCACUACAACAACACCUAUUCCCUUUCCGCCAUGUCGGGCCGAUGACAUCGACUGCCUGCGGCGUGGUUUGAGAACAUUCUUCAACCUCAUGGAUUCAGGUCAUUACGGAAUGACGCCCGUGGACCCGAUUUACAUAAACAGUGUCGCCAUCGCGUUACCCGAGCAGCAACUAUCCUUCUUAUUGAGGAAAGUCAUUGUUACCGGUAUCAGUUGGACCAAACUGGUCGACAAAAGAUUCCAUGAAAACGGAAUUAAAAAUGGAGUACUAUUUAGUAGCGACUUGCAUGUAACCGGAGAUCUAGUCAUGGCGAAAGCGGAUAUAUACGAACCCUUAUUCGCACAUAUGACCAUGGACAUCCAGGGUGUUCAAACUAACAUAACAUAUUCGUGGGAUGUUGAAAAAAAAAAAGAUAACGAGUAUUACAUUUCGUUGGGACAAGAGCGUAUCGCAAUCAGAAACGGACGUCUACCAACUUUCUUCCUUCAGCCAAGGGCAUCAGCAGAUACAAAAAUCAUAGAUAAAACGUUGCAAUUAAAGCCUUCAAUUGUAGACCACUUUUCGGAAGAAAUAACUGCAGCAGCAAUGCGGACUGUCAUGGACAAUAUCCGACUGUUUGCUCAAACAGUACCAGUGAAAUACUAUUACAAACUCUUUUAA